CCGCGAUUCUGACAGCCCUGUCGCCACGUGCUAAACUUCGCCCCCAUGCCCAAGCUAUGUCCAGUACAACCUACGCUUAUGGCAUCCUUCGCCCUGGGCUUUUCCCUUUGGAGCCAGGGAGCUCUCUUGGGCAGCUGGAAUCAUCCCAAGCCCGCAGCUUCGCUAAAUUCCCCUGAGAUGGCUUCUCAUUCCGACACCUCACUCCCCAGUUGUAUCAUCCUCACCGGCUGCAAGCAAUUGCACUCAGUGGCCUUCUUCCUCUCUGUCGUUAUGAUAGCCAGGUCACAAGCGCAAGAACCAGUGUGUAGCUCGCCCAGCGUGCUCCAGACCAGUGCCAAAACAGCCAGUGUCAUUCGUUCGGAUAUCAACAGACAUGAAGGCUUGGAAGACCACCGCAUUGAUUGCUAUGACGGCAGAUAUCAGCCCUCAGCCACAAUCAUGACCCGAGUCAAGACACCCGAGACUCGAGACUUUCUCUGACAGGCUAUGGCAUGCUCUCACGAGCAAAGACCAUGGUCGCAAACCAUUCCGAGGUCUUGGGUCAUGCUUCGUAUCGUGGCAACCACGUUGGAGAGUCGCGCUUUGCUCGAGCCGCCUUCAAGACAGCUCCCAACGUGGACGUUGCUCUUGCGCU